CUAUCCAAUUAAAAUAUAAGCGCAUAGGUAUAGGUACUUUAAAACAGAUAAUGUGUACCAAGGAUCAACAAAUGGUAUUAUAGCAGUUAUAAUAAAUGUAUAAUAUUUCAUUACCUAUAUAAGCAGCUGAUAAUAAUUGAUAUGAUAUAAAAAUAUGUUUACAUAAUUACAUCUAUAUGGUACCUAAAUAAGUAACGAAUUUAAAUAUUUUAAUUACAAGUGUAUGUAGUACAUCAUAACAUCAUACCUAAUUUAUUAUUUUGACUAAUAUCUUUCUAUUUCAAGAAAUGUCUUCAAAAAAUAGAGAGGAUGAAGCUGUUUCCAAUUUUAGAAAAUAUUUACAGAUACCCACCGUCCACCCCAAUGUCGAUUAUAUUUCAGGCUGAAAGUUUAGGACUACCAUCAAAAAUUCAUUAUAUGGCACCAAAAAAACCGGUGGUUAUUAUUACACUACAAGGAAAAAAACCUGAAUUACAAUCUCUGUUGCUGACAUCGCAUAUGGACGUCGUACCAGUUUAUCCAGAAAAUUGGACACAUGAUCCAUUUUUGGCUUACAAAGAUGCACAAGGAAACAUAUACGCUAGAGGAGCACAAGAUAUGAAAUGCGUCGGUAUACAAUAUUUAGAAACAAUAAGAAGAUACAAAAAAAAUAACUUAAUUCUUGAUAGAACCAUUCACGUUUCUUUCAUGCCUGAUGAAGAAAUAGGAGGAAUUUUAGGUAUGGCACAUUUCGUCAAGACUGAUGAAUUCCGUUCUUUGAAUAUUGGAUUUACAUUAGAUGAAGGUUUGGCAAGUAUAGACGAUGUUAUUCCUUUGUAUUACGGCGAAAGAACAAUUUGGCAAUUCUACAUUCGAAGCACUGGCACUCCUGGCCACGCCUCACUACUUCACGAUAACACUGCUGCAGAAAAAUUGAUGUAUGUGGUAAAUAAAAUAUUGGACUGGAGGACGGAGGAAAAGUUAAAAUUGUCCCAGGGCGUGGAUAUUGGGGAAGUUACAUCUGUGAAUAUGACAAUGCUGGAGGGUGGAUGUCAAUUGAACGUUGUACCCCCACAGCUGUCUGCUGGUUUCGAUGUUCGGUUGGCUAUAGGCACAGAUCGCAGUGCUAUAGAGGACAUCAUAACUGGGUGGUGUCAUGAAGCUGGAGAAGGUAUACAACUGGAAGUCUUCAAAACAAAUGAACAGACCAUACCGACUAAACUAGAUGAUUCAAACCCUUGGUGGUUAAAAUUUAAGAGUGAAUGCGAUGAAAUGAAGUUAAAACUAAAACCAUCUAUUUGUCCUGGAGCCGGUGAUAGCAGAUACAUCAGACUAAUUGGUAUUCCCGCUCUUGGAUUCUCUCCAAUGAUGUACACACCUGUGCUUUUACACGAUCACGAUGAAUAUUUGAAUGAAAAUACAUUUUUGAACGGAAUUAAUAUUUAUUAUAAUAUAAUCAAGGGUUUAGCAACUGCAUAAAAUGUGCUAUUCAUAUUAUACGUAAUAAAAAUACUCGAUUAUUGAAAAAGCUACAA